AUGAAUGCUAAGAAUGAAAAAAAGCCAGAAUAUCAUGAUAAACCAGCCAAAUUAGAUAAGUGCUAUGGGCUUGUUUUGAGUGAUGGUAUCGACCUAGGUCCUUAUCAAGCUGGAGUACUCUCUCAUUAUACCAAGGCAAUGCUAGAAAUUAAUUAAACUUAUAAUUUUAUCUCAGGAGUUGGAGUUGGUGGCAUAAAUGCCUUCCUAUUUGCUCAGCAGAACGAUUCAAACAAAAAUUUAUCAUUAGAUGAAAUCAAAAACUUUUGGAAGCAUGCAGCAGAAAAGAACCAUUAUUCAGAGAGAAGCACAGGCUUCUUAUACAGUCUGUUCUUUGAAGAUAGUCUCUAUGAAAGCACAGGAAUCAGCUAAAUUCUAUCAAAAUUCAUUCAAAACAAACCUUUCAACAAAGGAUUUAGCAUAGGAAUAACUAACAUACUUGAUGGGCAUUUCAGAGUUUUCAAUGAAAAUCAGACUUUUAGUGAUCUAUUGAAGGUAUUGCAUGCUUCUAUAACAUAUCCUGGUGUCUCAGAACUAGUAGAUGAAUUUGAUGCACUAUGGUUAAGUGGUAGCACUGUUUAUGAGGCUGAUCUUAAUUCAGCUAUUUUAAGAUGUGAAAAGCUUGGUUAUAAAGAGGAGAGAAUAGUAAUUGAUGUUGUUCUUUCUAUAGAUCCAAUCAUUCCCCAUCAGAUGGCUAAAUUGAACAAUGGAUUUUAAAAUCUUGGUAGAGCAAUCUAACUCUAAUCUAAAUACGAGAUGCUUUAUGGGGUAAUUAGGUCUAAGCAAUCUCAUCCUAAAAUGGAGUUCAGAUACAUUUCAGGACCUUCAGAAGAUGUUGCUUCUAAGAAUCAUCCAUUUGACUAUAAUGGCAGAGAGAUCGAUUAUCUUUAUGACCUUGGUAUUAAAGAUGCUAAGAAAUCUAUUGAAAAUAGAGACCUUAUACUUGAGAGUCUUUCCCCUAUUUUCUUCAGUGAGUUUGAUCCAACGAAAACAACUUAAAAGAGAGAAAAAAACCUUCAUUAAGAAUCGGGAUUUCUCCAAGAUGACAUCAAACUCAUUGAAUGA